AUCUGGGCCACCAAAAUUCCAAACCACGUAGCAGCAGUAUUAUCCAACGCGAAACAUUCGCCUCAUACCGCAUGGCAUCGGUACCGGAAACGGUGCAGGUUGCGGUGCGCAUACGGCCACUCUCGGAGCAGGAGCAGGCACGAGGAUGCCAGAGUGUCGUCACGCAACCAUCGCCCGAUGGUCCGCGUUUGGUGGCCCGCGACUGUGAAGAGUUCACCUUUAGCGAAGUUUUCGGGCCAGCGGCGUCCCAGGCGGAAGUUUACGAGCGUUCCGUGCGCCGCCUGGUGCUGAAGCUGUUCGAGGGCUACAACGUGUGCAUCCUGGCCUACGGUCAGACCGGCUCGGGUAAAACGUACACCAUCGGAACAUCGUUCGAUGGUCAUCUGACUGCCGACAGUGGCAUUCUGCCCCGUGCGCUGCUGGACAUUUUCAAGGUGGUCAACGGAGCGGCCACACUGGAACCGUCGGAGGAGAGUGAUACGAGUUACCGUGUGGUUUGUUCGUUGAUGGAGAUCUACCAGGAGAAUGUGUACGAUCUGUUUUCACACCGGACCCGGUACGAACGGCUGGUCGGUAUACGCGAAAGUUCCUGCGGUAUCAUUGUGCCGGGGCUGACGGAGGUGCCCGUUUCGAGUGCGGAGGAAACGUUUCGGUGGCUGGUAAGGGGGGCCAGCUGCCGUGCUAUGGCACCGACCAGUAUGAACAAGGAAUCGAACCGCAGCCACACCAUCUUUACCGUGAUGGUACGCAAACGGCACCGUACGGACGGUGACGAGAAAGUGACCAUCGCCAAGCUGCACUUUGUCGAUUUGGCCGGCUCGGAGCGGACCAAAAAAUCCCACGCUUCCGGUGAUCGGUUGCGUGAGACGAUCCAAAUCAACAAAGCCCUGCUAGCCCUCGGUAACGUGAUCUCGACGCUUGCCUCGAUCGGUGCGGCACCAUCGUCGAAAUCUGCAAAGACAACAUUCGUCUCGUAUCGCGACUCGAAGCUAACCCGUUUGCUCCAGAACUCGCUCGGUGGUAACUCGAUCACGCUGAUGCUGGCCUGCGUUUCACCGGCAAACUACAACAUCGAAGAGACACUGAGUACGCUCCGGUAUGCGGACCGGGCGCUAAGUAUUCGCAACAAACCGACCAAGAUUUCGUCGGCCAGUUCAUCGUCCGGCAGCGAGCUGGAGCGAUUAUCGUUGACCAUCUCGCAGCUUAGAAGCCAAAAUGAAAAAUUACGGCGGCGCAUUUCGGCUGAGCUGAAAGCAUCCCAGGACGGUGGCAAUGGGGGUGGUACCUUGCAGAGCCGUAACACGAAGCAGCUGAUCGCACAGAACCGCACCCUGCACGGGCAGCUGCAAUCCACCAUCGAGACAUCAACGCGGAACGAGCUGCGAGCGUCCAUUGCGGAAAACGCACUGGGCCGGAUGGAGCCACUGGUGAUGAUCGAUCCGGAACCGCAGCGCUUCGAUGAAGAACCGCAAACCGUGGAGGAGCUGCGUUUGCGCUGUUCCGAAGUGUUGCUGCGCUAUCGUAACGAGGUAGAGGCACUGCAGAAGCGACCCACGGUGAGUGGGAAAGUAGCGCCCCUCAAGUAUCUUAACUCGGUCUAAACAAAGGUCUGAU